AUGUCAAAGCGAAAGUGGGACCAGACUGGCGAGCCCGCCGAAGAGACUCCAUCAAAGGUAUCCAAAACAGACGAUGGGAAAUCGGCCUCUGAAGCCGCCGCUGCUGCUGCAGCAAUAGCGGCAAAAAUAGCGGCUCAGUUUUCUGCAUCUACCCCUAGCAGCGCGCCAGCGCCUUCUUCCAGUGCUGCGCGCACACAGGCCGCAUUAGCAAACAGUGGCGCGACUGUAGUCACCGACGACAAACGAAAAGAUCCUCACGACUCUGAAUUUACAUGCGACAUUGAAAUCAACGACGUCCGGAACCGGUAUAUGCUCACAAAGGGAGCCACACAGCAAGAGAUUUAUGCAGAGACGUCUGCAAGCGUGACAACAAAGGGCGUCUGGUAUCCCGACAAGAGCAAGGCAACCGAGAAGGACCCCCCGUUGUAUCUCCACAUUUCCGCGACGACACAAGAAAUCUUAGACAAGGCUGUCAAGCGUAUCAAUGAUCUCAUUGCCCAAGACCUCGGCCCACUGGUAGAGGACAGACGAAAGGAAUUUGGAAAGAGGAAAUGGGCAGAGGAAAAGAUUCCUAUUGGACUGGAGAUGCUGCGCAAUUUCAAUGUCCGAGCAAAAGUUGUCGGUCCACAGGGAAUGUUUGUUAAGCAUAUUCAGCAAGAAACAGGCACGCGUGUUCAGAUCAAAGGCCAAGGCUCUGGGUUUUACGAGACCGAGACUGGUCGCGAGUCAGACGAGCCUAUGCACAUUCACAUCACAGGACCCGAAGAUGGCCAGAUUGCGCGAGCCAAGGACCUUGCUUUGGAUUUGCUCGAAGUCGUCAGGUCGGAAUGGGCUAAAGCAAAGGCUGUCCUUGACCAGCAGAUGGGAUAUCCCUAUGCUGCUUACUAUGGGGCAUAUGCGGGAACUGGCGGCCCUGCUCCGCCACCACCCAGUGGCGAGGCACCUCCACCACCUCCUUCAGAUGCGCCUCCUCCGCCUCCGCCUGAUGGUCAGCCGCCUCCGCCUCCUAGUGGCGCACCUCCGGCCAGCGGCUCUGCCUCGUACACUGCAUAUAUGGAGCAGUACACCAAAUACUGGGCCUCCAUGGGUUACGACGUCAACUCUGCAGCGUUUAAAGACUGGAUGGCGACCCAGAUGAGUCAAAAUCAACAGGGGACUGCACCGAAUGGUGGACAAGCACCCUCACAGCCAAGCUCCUAA